CGAUAUUCACCGUACCGUAGACGCGGCGUGGCUGCUGACAUAAGUCGCUAAAGUCGCUUGCUGCAUCCGAGCCUCCAUCUUUUAGGUUGGCUAUCGGCGAUUCCAACCACCAUUCAUUUGUCUUGACCAUCGCAGCCUACCGCAGUGCCGGCAUCCAGCAUGGCAACGCAAGACCCAUCCCUCCCAGACGAACUUCGACUGGCCGCCGCUGCUCAUGUCAAGUAUGUCCAGAGUCUCGACACAAGAAAGGAGGAUUAUGAGUACUGGUUGACGGAGCAUUUGCGGCUCAAUGGUGUUUACUGGGGAUUGGUGGCGCUUCAUCUACUCGGCCAGCCAGAUGCUCUGCCACGCGAUGCCACUAUAGAAUUUGUGCUCUCUUGCCAGCACGACAACGGUGGCUUCGGGGCUGCCCCCGGGCACGAUGCCCAUAUGCUCUCUACAGUCAGUGCUGUACAGAUAUUGGCCAUGGUCGAUGCGCUUGACGAGUUGGACAAGAAGGGCAAGGGUAGGAGGCAGGUAGGCAAGUUCAUUGCCGAUCUGCAGAACCGGCAAACAGGCACGUUCGCUGGGGAUGAGUGGGGUGAGGAAGACACGCGGUUUCUUUAUGGGGCACUAAACGCGCUGUCAUUGCUGGGGCUGCUCGAGAUGGUCGACGUGGGCAAGGCCGUCGACCACAUUGUCGCCUGUGCCAACUUCGAUGGGGGUUAUGGCAAUCGCCCGGGUGCAGAGUCGCACUCGGGCCAGAUCUUCACCUGCGUCGCUGCAUUGUCGAUAGCCGGCAGGCUGGAUCUGGUGGACACAGAUAAGCUGGGCCGCUGGCUAAGCGAGAGGCAGAUCGCGGGUGGCGGAUUAAACGGUCGCCCUGAGAAGCAGGAGGACGUAUGUUACAGCUGGUGGGUGCUCAGUAGCCUGGAGACCAUUGGACGGACCCACUGGAUCGACCGCGAUCAGCUGGCUGCCUUUAUCCUCAAAUGUCAAGACACGGAGAAGGGUGGUAUGUCGGAUCGGCCUGGAAAUCAGGUCGAUGUCUUCCACACAUGCUUUGGCCUAACUGGUCUUUCCCUUCUCAAGUGGCCUGGCUUGGAGGAUGUUGACCCUGUGUAUUGCAUGCCGAAAGCUACCAUUCAGCGCAUUAUAGGAAGGGCUUAGGCCUAAUGAAUGUGCAAUGAAACGUGGCUUAGUUGUUCUUAUUUAAGGCAUAUGCCAUGCUAGCUCCUGGCCCAAUUUCUUUUUCCCUCCAUGUUGCUCCAGUUUAUCUUCUCGCAUAUUCUCUUGC